AUGGCCGAGACUGAGCGCCAGAUCCACCAACCCAUCCAUCCCGACAUCGCAGACAAGUUGGAUCCCGAAUACGCAGCCUUUCAUAAUGCUAACAACCUACACGUCGUCCCGCUGCAUCUGAAGCCUUGGGACCCGGCUGUGCGCAAUGGACCGCCCGUGGCAGGCGGCGCAGAGCCCUUGAAAGUCGGCGAUGUGAAGGAUCUGUCCUUGAGCAAGUGCUCGAUGCGAGUCUUCACACCGGAAGGUUCUGCUCCAGAGCCUGGAUGGCCUGUAUUACUAUAUUUCCACGGGGGCGGAUGGACUCUAGGGAAUAUCAACACCGAAGGCUCCUUCUGCACUAACAUGUGCAAGCACGCGAGCAGUGUUGUAAUAUCAGUCGACUACCGUCUGGCGCCAGAAAAUCCAUACCCUGCUGCAGUUGAAGACGCGGUAGAGGCUCUUCACUGGGUAUACCAAAACGGCAAGGCCCAGCUCAACGUCGAUGUCAGCAAGAUCGCUGUCGGGGGAUCCGGUGGCAAUUUGGCUGCGAUACUCGCACACAAGGCCGCACUCGCGGAGCCCCCCAUCCCACUCACCUUGCAACUCCUUGUUGUACCUGUCACCGAUAACACGGCGACGACAUCGGGUGUGCCGUACAAGUCGUGGGCCGAGAAUCAAAACACGGUUGCGCUAUCUCCUGGCAGGAUGUUGUGGUUCCGGGAUUGCUACUUACCGAACGAGCAAGAUCGCCUGGCUUGGGAGAGCUCACCCAUCUUUGCCCCAGAGGAGCUGUUCAAGAAGGCUCCCAAGGCGUGGAUUGGCGUAUGCGAACUUGAUGUACUCAGAGACGAAGGCAUCGCGUACGGUGAAAAGCUACAGAAAGCCGGUGUUGAUGUCGAAAUCAAGGUGUAUAAGGGCGCGCCCCACCCGGUCAUGGCUAUGGACGGUGCGUCGACGUGUGACCUAAACAAUCAUUACCGUGUUCACUAA